AUGUUGUUUUUCCGAUAGAACAAGAUCAACCGAAUGGAUGUAGCACUAUUUAUCGUCCCUUGUGUUGGAUCGAGUAAAUUAGAACAUCGUCUCCACCUCUUCCAGCGUGGUCCAAGCUUCUGAAAAUGACAUGUCAUGGAGAUGUUAAAGGACUCCCGAGAUAAAGAAUCGAGGUGGUACCACUUUGUGACGGAAGUGCUAAAUUUGCAGCUUAGUGAUAGGAAACCGUGAGUCGACAGGAGGACAACGUUAAUUCAGACGCGUACAUUUGCCUUAGUUCAAGAUGGCUACUUCACCGGCAAAGAAUCCUCUCCCUGUCAUCACGCUAAACAGUGCGAAUUUCAAUGAUUGUAAGGAUCUUGACUCGAUCACCUUCGUAGAUACCGUCGCAUUCUUUCCUUUCGCAACUUGUUACCGUCCGACCAGCGAUGACAUCGACAACGAUCGCACCGGUUGCACCGACAGCGCCAACGCUGGUCGCUCCCUCUACCACAGCCGUCCUGCCGUCUUCGUGCCGUUCUGCCGUGCCGGUGGUUACAAUUCGCAGUGCUGAGCUGCCAAAUACCGGCGACGGUACGGGUGGUACAAACGGUGGUCGUUUGAUACGCAGGAAGGAGUUUCUGGGCGAGUCCAAUCGUACCACAUCGCUAAAGACACUGUCGUGUGAUUUGAGUGAGAUUCUGGUGAAAAAUCUAAGCCUGAGACGCAGCGAAACGUCCGAACGGCGCCCACACGCCGACACACUCGAGCAGCUCGAGCCAGCGACGUCAUCGGGACCGGUGGUGCAGCAGCACCCACAGUGCAGCGGCACUGCAGGAAGUGGUACUAUCGACGGCCGUGUUAGUAGUAGUGGUAGUGGUGCCGAUAGUGGUGCCGACAGUCGCGCACAAACCACCCUGUGCGAUACGUUCACUUCGGUGAACAAACUCAUACGGUUGAAGCGCGUUUCGAGCGAUGGUAACAAUCUGAGCCGGCUGUCAACGGUAGUCACGACCACGAAUGCCAGCGGUGGCUGUGGGGGAGGACCUGGUGGUGGUGCUGGUGCGAACUAUACCAAGAUCUUAGAACCUGCUCCGGGCAAACCGCCGCCGCCCGGUUCGUUCAAGCGGGUGGAGAUAAGUGUGUGCGAACGAACGCCCAAUGUGACACAGUGUGCUGAUCAUGGUCCAGACCAUCAACCGUCAGUGAGUGAAUCCGAGUCGGAAAGUGGGGAAGAGUGUGCUAAUAACGAAUAUCCGAAGCAAAGGGCAGCAGCGCCAGUGCACAGAAGUGUGAUCGUGAACCAGCUCGAUCAAGUGGACGAGCACUGCCCGCUGCUAGCCGUGAACGAAGAUGGCCGUGCGCCAACUACACUAGCACUUCAGAAAAAGAAAGCGACCCUGGUGUUUACCAGAAAGAAGAUUCCAGAAGCAGGGGCGACCGUCCGCCGUUCCAGUGAGCGUGAUUUAACGUCACCUGGCGUUGGUGCGUCAUCGUGUAGUGCAUCGAAAGUGAUUCUGCGCCGUCGUGUGCGACUCAGUGGCGAUUGGUUGGGCAGAAGUGAUAACGGUGAGAAAGUCGAAUUUAAAAGGCGCAGCUUACAGUGGCCCAUCGGUUUCACGUCCGGUGAUAGCAGAACGGCGACACAGCUGGCCGACCUCGUCGAAGGAAAUCGGCGGGGCGGCGCAGAUACUGCGAACAAGUUUCGCCACUCCUGGAACGCACCAGGAUACGACAUACUCGAGGAAGACUCGGGAGUCGAACGGAGGAGUGGAGAUUUUGGGAAGGACUUUGCUUCUAUCAUUCACAACCUGGCUGGGCUAAGGAAUCACCACCUUGCGAAUGGGACGCACGAGUCCGUGUCCCUGCUCGAGCAGCACUCGCCUCAGAUUGUCCCGACGCGGGCAGCACGCCCGACCUCGCUCGGAGGCUCCGGGCAGGGGCUUCGGCGGGGUCCAGCGAGCUGGAUCCAGUCGUCCCCGAUGGUGCCCUCGAGUGGGGUCGCCGGUACGGGUGCUGGAGCAGGACCGGGCGGCGGUGGCAUCGGGGGCACCGGUGGCAAUGGGGAAAGCAGCCCGCACACCGGAGCGUUGACCGGUCCGGUGCCUCGCAAACGGCGCUUUGAAGCAUUUCUCAAGAAUCUCGUCGGCCGGCGACCGUCGAAAGAGCCUCCACCGGCAGCUCCUCCACCGCCGCCCCCGCCACUGCUCAGCUCGCCCGAAAUCAAGAUCAGCAAAAGCCCGUCCGAGCACAAUCUGGCGGACAUAGCGCGCAGCCGGCUGAACAUCUCCACCACCUCGCUGUCGUCCGUGCACCAGCGGCUGUGGUCGGUGGUCCCACUGCUGAAGCGCGAUGUCAGCUGCAACAGCCUCGCUUCGCCCAAGACGACGCCCCUGCUGCUGGACAGCCAGAUGGCGUCGUCCGGCGAGGGUGGCGGCGGCGGCCCGGGGCUGCUUACUCUCGGCGGCCUCAAGGCGGGUGCUGCCGGCGGUCCCCGCGGUCUGCGGAAGUGUGAAACCGUGCUGGCACUGACGAACGCCACCUCCCAAACGCUGGAACCGAUCCGGCCGCUCAACCGGCUACGUAACUGUGCGUCCGUGGCCACCUGCUCCCGUUGUUCUAGUCUACUGUCACUGGCCGCGGCCGGUUCGCGCUACUCGCUCAACGCAUCCAAUGGUGCGUUCGUGCCCGUGUCCGCGACCGAGGCACACGAACCGACCGAAGUGCCCAAACCGAAAAAGGGCUCCCUCGACGGUAGCUCGAAGCGGAAGUACGUCGGCAACCUGCUGCGGCUCACGACGACCAGCUGCUCCUCCUCCAGUUCGUCCUCGGGUGCCUCGUCGCCCAGCUCGUCGUCCACGCCGUCCUCGUCCUCGUCCGGGGCUUCCUCGCCCAGCCCCAACUCGGCGACGGGCAGUCCGGCCGGUGCGUCCGUCUCGUCCAAAACCGUUAUGUUUUCCCCUAGUCCCACGCAGCUGCUACCGGUAUCGCCGAUCAACAGCCACUCCGCAACGAUGACGACAACGACGAAGGCCUUAACGCCUACGAUUAAGUUCACCUGCAAACUGUGCCUUGGCGAGUUCAGUGCCGAGAACCUGACCCGCAUCUCGCAGUGUGCUUGCUCGUUCUGCACCGAGUGCAUGACGGCCUACAUCGAGUUUGAAAUUUCCGAAGGUGCGUACGAGGUGUCCUGUCCGGAUGCGAUGUGUCCCGCGCAGGGUAUCAUAACGAUCGCGGAAAUAACGGCGCUAGCGUCAUCUUCCCUGGUGGAGAAGCACCACCGUUAUCGACUGAAUAGAGAGGUAGAACUGGACCGGUUCCGAACCUGGUGCCCGAAAGCGGGCUGCGAAACGAUCUGUCUCGUUGGGCCGAGGGAGCAGCAGGCAGGCGACCAGGCCGGAGCAAACCAAACAGGCUCCUCGAUCUGCUCCGACCGUAUCGUGCCACUGUCGCCAUCGUCCUCCAGCAUGCCGUCGCCGUGCGCCGUGCACUGUCCCACGUGUCGGGAGGACUUCUGUUCCGGUUGUAAGAAGGCGUGGCAUCCAACGAUGUCGUGCGAGGAAAAUUCGCGCCGCCUCGCGGUGGAUGGCCAAACGGACGCGUUGGGCAUCCCGUUCGACAAUGAUCUCAUCAAGUGCUGCCCGAUGUGCACCGUGCCGAUCGAGAAGGACGAGGGCUGCGCGCAGAUGAUGUGCAAACGGUGCAAGCACGUCUUCUGCUGGUACUGUCUCGCCAGUCUGGACGACGACUUCCUGCUCCGCCACUACGAUAAGGGCCCGUGCAAGAACAAGCUGGGCCAUUCGCGCGCUUCGGUCGUGUGGCACCGGGCCCAGGUGAUCGGGAUCUUUGCCGGGUUCGGCAUACUGUUGCUGGUGGCGUCACCGCUGCUCCUGCUGGCCGCACCCUGCAUAGUGUGCUGCAAGUGUCGCAUCUGUAGCGGCGCCGCCAAGCUGGAGGAGACCGAGGUGGACUACGACGAUGCAGCGGUCGCCCUGCACAGCAGCACUGGGCCUCAGCGAUAAAGGGUCAACGAGUCGGCCAUCGACCGAGAGGACAUUUUGGAGCACGGUGAAGCUGACACCUGCGGCAGCCACCUUAGGAGUAGAGGGUUCGCGUUCGGUUUCCGUUUUGCGCGCUUCCGAGGGACAGGUGAACCGUGUGGCUUCGAUUCGCCUCCUCACAGUAGCUACAGAGCUGAAGGGAACAGACUUCAGGACUUCUUGCUUACGGGUUACACACACAGACAUGUAGAAAACCACACUGUACACAUACACAUACACACCGUGGUGGUGAUGUUUUAAACCGCGGGCUCCUAGCAGGCAACCACGUGCGAACGCAGUAGCCUGUUUUUCUUAUUCUGUCGCUUCACGUCAGUAUUGUGGACUUUCCUUUCCAUUGUUUCUUUACAUUUGUAAAGUGUUUAGGUGAGGGAAGAAA